UAGAGAAGGGGUUAUGGCCAGCUCUCGAAGCUCUUGGAUGCUUCUUGAGAAGCUGUUGGGAGGAGUGAUUUUGGCUUGGCUACCACUUGUCAGACACAGGUCAAGUGAUACGAAGAAUGAUCUGAUUGUGUCAAAGAGGAGUUGGUUUAAGGAAAAAAAACUAACUCACCCCAUACUUUGCAGACUGCAGAACACUGCAGGACUUUGCAGUGAUGCUUUUCAGGCCGCAGUAGUUCCAGGGGCUGUUACUGAGUGUAUGUGCUCAGUGUUUCCUUGCAGGGCUGGACAAGGAUAUAUCAUUUCCAUUGUUGUUUUAGGUGCGGGGACUCAGGCGUGAAGCAGAGUUGGGGACAGCUCUCCUGGAUGGCUGCUGGUAGUGGCACUUUCCCUAGGGAUGGCAGCAUGGGCCUGGCACUGAGUUGUUCCCAGUGUGCAGCAAGAAGCUGCAUCUUGCAAAACUGUUCUUCCAUGGUUGGAGGAGCAGUGAUGCAGGGAAAGAAACUGAGGUUUGAAUAAAACCAGUAAAAUCACCUAGGCUUGCUUUUUGUGGUCUGUCACUUUGUUUCUUGAAGAUGCUACCACAGGGAUGUUGCACGUGGCUCUGGUGUCCAGCUGGUGGCUCAGGUUGCCACAUCUGCCUCACAAGAUACAGUUUCAACUUUGUUUCUGAAUCAUCUUGUCUUCCAGCAACUCAGGGCAAAUUUCCAUUAAGGUAACCACUCUGUGCUGGCAGACUCUUGAGCAUCCGAGGAGAGUCAGACAUUUGCCAGGAAAAAAAGUUGAGAGGAAACUUAUUGUUUGGGGCAGAAAUGGGCAUAAAAAUGCUUCCCAAAGCAGUCCUGUCCUGCAUCUUCUGAAACAAUGAUGUAAAACUUUGCAGUGUUACAAGGACGCAGUGACAUCCCCAUCAUUAUGCAGGAAGGUUUUCGGGAGACUGUGAACUUGGAGCAUAAUGUCUCUGAUGAGGCAGAAAGAUGGCAAAUGAAACUUUUCUCUCAUCCUCUGCCUCAUCUUGUUUCCCACAGCGUGGUGGGUUUAGAUUCCAUUUAUCUUGCUGCUCUACUUUUGGGCGCAUCAGUCCUCCAAGCCUAACCUAUGUUUUGGACCUGUGGUUGAAUCUCUUUGCUUAUUAAAAUAAUUACCAUUAUCUGUCUUCCUUUCGUGAAGUUUACAUUUCUGCAAUACCCGUGUUCUGAAAACAGUGCACAGAUAUGGAAGCUCAGUAGAUGAAAAUCACCGGCUAGAGCUGCUACAACCUUAAAAGCAAAUGUAUAGAUUGCCUUCUUACUGUUUUCUCAAUCUCCAAUUUCCUCCUGCUAAACCAUCUCCACACAGCAGACUUAGUAACAUGCUGUCUGCUUUCCUUGCCUGGACAGGUGUGUGCCAGGGCACUGACACCAAGCAUCACCAUGUUUAGAACUUAUUGGAAAGCUAAUGUGAAUUAGUCCAUGUGCUACCUAGUUCCUAGGUGCAAUAAGUAAGUAAAAAUCUGCAAGCUAAACACCAGUCUGACAGAAGCAUGAGUGUAUGGAGCUGAGUUCUUGUGGCCUUACCUAUUUUACUUGUGUUUACACCUUAUGAAGGAGAGGGUUGUUUUUUGUUUUGUUUUUUUUUAUUACCCUGUAAACUUGUUUUUCAUUGUUGUUGCAGAUAGCCAGCUGCUGCCUGGGAACAAUUUCACAAAUGAAUGCAACAUACCUGGAAACUUCAUGUGCAGCAACGGACGCUGUAUCCCCGGGGCCUGGCAGUGUGAUGGGCUGCCAGAUUGCUUCGAUGACAGUGAUGAGAAGGAAUGCCCAAAAGCCAAGUCCAAGUGUGGUGCCACCUUCUUCCCCUGUGCCAGUGGAAUCCACUGCAUCAUUGGCCGCUUCAGGUGCAACGGGUUUGAGGACUGUCCUGAUGGCAGCGAUGAGGAAAACUGCACAGCCAAUCCCUUGCUUUGCUCUACUGCCCGAUUCCACUGUAAAAAUGGUCUUUGCAUUGAUAAAAGCUUCGUGUGCGACAGUCAGAAUAACUGUCAAGACAACAGUGAUGAAGAAAGCUGUGAAAGUCCUCAAGAGGCAGGCAGCGGCCAAGAUUAUGUGACCUCAGAAAAUCAGCUGCUCUAUUACCCCAGUAUUACCUACGCUAUCAUUGGUAGCUCUGUCAUUUUUGUGCUCGUGGUGGCCUUUCUUGCCUUAGUCCUACAUCACCAAAGAAAACGCAACAAUCUCAUGACCCUGCCAGUGCAUCGCCUGCAGCACCCUGUGCUGCUGUCCCGGCUGGUGGUCCUUGAUCACCCUCACCACUGCAGCGUUACCUACAACGUCAACAAUGGAAUCCAGUACAUGUCCAACCAGACCUACCACAGGCCAGAGGAUCUGGACUCGCCUCCAUCAUAUUCAGAGGCCGUGCUGGACCAAAGCAGACCACCUUGGUUUGACCUUCCUCCACCCCCUUAUUGUUCUGAAUCUGAAUCCCCUAAUCAGCCAGAUCUCCCUCCUUACCGGUCUCGGACAGGAAGCGUGGUGAGCACAGACACCCCCACGGCUGGAAGCCCUCUGGGCACAGACAGCGGUUGGGCGAGCGAUGUUCGUGAGAGCAUGGAUGGCCACAGAACCCUUCUUGAGAGGACAGCAGAUCCAAGCAAUUCUCUGGUCAACCAUGUUGAUGAAAGAGAAGCGUAACUGCUCCAGUGUCUGGGACGGACAAGAAGAGAUUCGCUUUUUCUAGUCCAUGUGGGUUAAUUUGCUGUUGCUAUAAGGUUCAGGUAGACGUGUGCCUGAAUAACAACUUGAUUUGUAUCCAUGUUAAGUUAAUUUUUUAAUUCAGCAUUUUGUGCUCAUCAGAGACAGAGCUGUGACAGCUGAAUGUGGAGUUGCAUCAGUUCCUGACAGUAUUCCUGCAAGCAGGUUCCAGUUCAGACUAGCAAGGGAAAUGGUGCUAUGCCAAAGAACUGAUGUGCUGUAUUUCUCAGAAUAUAUACUGUAUUUGAAUGUAUAUAUGUGCAUGUGUAAUAUUGACAAACGUUGCACGCAAAAGCUAUGCCAGAUCUCUUGUUUCUAGACUGCUUCCUGUCCUCUGUGAACUGUUUCUUCCUGCUGCCUUGUGCCAGGUAGUGGUCAUUGAAGCAUGAGAGAGGCAGCCCUUUGGGAGGAAAGAAGCCUAGUGCUAAGCCCAUUGGCAGCACUCAAAUUGCAGAAGAUGCUGUAUAUGGCCCUUCUCUUCCUUGCUUAGAACUUUCUCCUUGUGAAUGUAAUUUUCAGUUUUAGCUUGUGACAAUGCAACAGCUCUCUAACUGUACAAACAAGUGUUUUUUGUUUUUAUUCCUCCACCCCAAUGCUAGUAUUGAGGCCAAAUUUGCAUGGAUUUUCUCAGGAAAACCACAGAGGUUGGCUCAUCUGUCAGACUUCAGGCUGACCACAGAGUCAGUGAAGCUCAACACACCAGCGCAAGACUUCAAAUGUGGCAAAACAACAUCACUCUGUGUGUUUCUUCUUAAAAAUAAAAAAUAAAAAUUAAAAAAUAACAAGCAAACAAAACCAAAACUUUUCCAGCUACAUCUUCAACACCAAAACCAGCCUGAAGCAAACACUCAUCAUGGAAGAUUUCUGUGUGGAUGACUUGUUCGUUAAUUUCUAAAACAACUGAAGAUGGGUGAAAGGUUUAGGGCUUGUCAGCGUAUGGACAUGCAUGGAUACACAUGUUUAAUACUGUAUGUAUGUAUAUACAUCAUGUGUUGCAUAGGUUUAGUUCUGUUUGUAUCUGUAGAACUUCAAAAUCUUGACGUUUUUCUUUUGAUGUUCUCAAUGCUUUUUCUUAAUUGUUUGCCAUUAUUCAUAUGCAUUUGGUUCAAAUUCUAGUUUCUUUGGAUAAACUUUUAUCUAUUUUGAGUUUUUCUCUCUUAACUCUCAGAACAGUCUCCCAUGAAAGAUGUUUCAGUAUACAGUGCUGAAUCACCCACAAGAAAGCAACUCAAAGGUAAAGGUUUUCAGAGUGGAAAGAGGGAAGGUAAACUCUGAAUUUUAAUGCUGCUGCAGUGCUGUGCUUGCACUUAAUAUACAGAAGAGAAUGCAGCGUAUUUUUUCUUGUCCGGGGGGAAAUUGGUCUUGAAGAAUUAUGUCUAUUUGUCUAUUAGACACAUUUCCCACUCCUCAUCUUCCAAGUAAUGAACAUUGUCAUUAAACAGGCUUUGCUGUUUAAUGGAAGAGAGGAAAACUACUGUUUUUCCAAACCCUCUGCUUUUUUUCCUCCCUGUUUGAGGUAACGUCUUUCCCCCAAAGGUUAGAUGCGCAGGACUCAAGAAUUCUUGAGUGUGGGUGUAGGUAGUGAGGUGAUUAAAGUUCAGACUCAGUUCCAACACAUAAAACUGAAUUGGUUUUGUGUUUGUUUUUGUUUGUUUUUAUUUCCGUGUCUGAAGUCAUCUGACAUGAUAUGUGGGAGGCAGGCACCAGAUGGAUUUACAAGCAGCGGUCCUUCCAGGGCUGAGAUGACACAGUGGGGACACUGUAAAACUGUACUGCUGAUGGUCUUGGCUUUGUUUGGAAAUAGAUUAACAGCAGCCUUUACUUAAGGGCUUAGGCAGCCUAUUCUGAAGUGCACUGAAGAUGAUGCUACUUGGUCCUUGUAAAGCAACAUGCAAGCCAUGGUCAGAUUCCAUUCUUGGUGGGAGCUCAAGCAGUGUAGUUACACUGUCAUGCAUGAAGCAGGAUUUGGCUAAUUCAUCAGUCCUUGCAAAUUGCUAGGCAGACUGUUGUCAUUGUCACGUAAAUAGUUGCUCUAUAUUUUAUAUGUAAGUCAAACUUGAGUAUAGCUGAUGUGACAGCAUGUGUGGGCACGGGAAUGAGUGCCAAACCCUGCUGUCCCUCUUGUUGCCUUUGUUUAGGGAUCUGCAUAGCCUUCUGUAGGCAAACAACGUAAUACAUUAACAGAAUUAGCCUUAUUUUUUUAUUGCAGUUUUUGAAACAUUUUAUUAGACUUCAGAACUUGCUACUGAAAAGUUUACAGUGGAUUCAUUAGACUUUCAUUUCUCCUGUUUAAGUAGCCUAAAGCUAUAUUAGUGAAACUAAUCAUUGUGCCCUGUGUAGCUUAAGUGGCACAUAUCUCUCUUGCAGGCCUUCCAUGAAAGACUGUAUUUCACGUGUCUUUUGACACACAAUAUAUGCAAACAAAACAUGUUUGCCUUUGGAAUCUAAAAAACAUUAUCUUGCAUUGCUAAGAAGUAGGAAAAGAGUGGAAAUAGCUUGCUGCUUCUGUCUGUGUCAGUCACUGUCAUUUAUGUACAUAUAUAUAUAUAUAUAUAUAUUGAAGAUACACUUUCAGGUUGUAUAUAUUCGUGUCACUUUUGCAUUAAGAUAAUCCAUUUGGACUUUAAAAAAAAAAAAAAAAAAGAAAAAAAGGAAGAAGCAUUCUAAGUGGUGUGAAUUUUUCCCUUCCAGCUAAGGGUGUAUUUAUCUUUGUAUAGGAAUCUUUCAGUUUUUUAGAAUUCAGUUAUAAAAGGAGAUUGUGCCUUUCUGACUGUAUGUUGGUUUGGGGGGGCUGUUGUUACAUAUCAUUGUCUAGAGAUCCAAAAAGAGAAACAAGCCUUGUCUUCCUCUUUGUUGUUAAUUUUGGGGACCACUUUGAGGAGUACGGGAGUUCAGUAUUUUGUUCCAAAAAGGCAUGCUAAAACUUUAAGAAAGGUUUUCAUCUUACUCCAGUUUUCUGGUACCUAUAACAGAUUUGCUAGCUGGUUUCUUUGGAAAUUGCUGUAGUAUCAUACUGAAAUUGUUUAUAACAUGUCACUUCUGGUAGUGUUAGUACAGCACUGCUGCAUUAUUUAGUGGAAUCUUUGGAGAAGUGUGGUAGCAACAACUGCACUGAUUAAAUUAAAUAUUUCAUUGAAAAUCCUGCAGUUCCUUCAUCUUCGUCUUGUAAGGUUGAAGCUAAACGUUCAUGAAGUGCCGUGUAGUGGGACUUCUGUAGCUGGUGAAGUUGAAAUUAAUCAUUCUAUUGUUUGUGAUUGCUCCUAACCUUUUAAUUUGAGGUGCGUCCUCCAGGAGCUUUCCUUUAUACUUAAUAUUUAAACAAAUUAAUGUUCUUUCAAAGGCCUAUUCUUACACAAGUAAAACAGAUUUCUCCAGAGUCAAAUUCUGAUUCCUGAUCUGUAUUCAGGGGUGACCACAGUAAUGAGUAGUUCCACUAAGAGCAGGGAUUAAUUAAUAAAUUUGAUUUCAGUAAAACAGUUGGAAGAAAUGAUUGCUUGAGGUAAAUAAAGGAAUUGGGUUUAGGCUGUUGGAAAUAAGAUUUGGAUUACCUUUAAAAACCGUGUAUUUAAAUUUCAGAAGUUUUGAUUGUCUUUAACCUUUGUAGAAGUCAGAGUGCUGUGUAUUUUAAAACGAAGCCAUUAGUGAAUCUGCUUGAUAAUAAUAUGAAGUUCCUUGUAUGGCGAAUUAUAAUUUACCUCGCUGGUACUGUGCUAAUGGAAAACUGGCAGUAAUGUUUUUAAAAGUGAGCCUCUGAACAAUUUUCUCUGCUCGCGCCUGCAGUGGCAUACAUGGCAGUGCUGUGACUGCAUUGCGAUUUUUCAGUAACUCUGCACUGGUUCUUCCUCUCCCUUUAAAUCAAAUCAGUUUUAUUUACACCACUUCACUUUGAUACAGCUAAUGGGACCCUCGUGAUAGAUUUAGAAGUUGGGUGGAGGAAAGAGAUGAUGACUCUCAUUUUAAUUAAUGCUGCAGCUUGUUAAUCUUGUGUGCUUUACUUUUUAGACAUCUUAGAAAAGACAAAUGGUUUUAGUAGAUAAGAAAAACUAUUAAUGAUAAAAAGGAUAGAGGGACACUGAUUCUGAAUUUAAUUUUUAAUGAAUAUUUAAAAUUGUCUAAAUGAAGGAAGAAUUUAAUGCUGUAUUUUUAAAAGUGGUGAUCGAAUGGCAAGUAUUGUUUUUAACUGUUGCUCAUUGGAAGCUAUUUUGCAUAUAUGCCUGGAACUAAAAUUGUAAUCAAGUGCUCUUCUUGCAGUUCAUAUGAGACCUGAAAUAUGUUGUAUUAGCACAAGGUUGCAUUGCAUUUAUGGACUAAAAUAUGUAACUGCAGAAAGAAUUUCAGUACCAUGCUGGAUUCUGCUUGGAAUGUAUCUCAGUACAAAACUGUGGCCUUUAUUUGUCCCUUUUUCACUGAUUUGAGAUUUUUUUUCCACUUGAAAUUAAGAUGUUGUAUGAGAGCUUUAAGGGAAGCUGCGUUGAAACCCAACCUUGUCAUAAACUUUUGUAAACUGGGUAUCCUCAAAAAUGUACUCUGUAUUCCUGAAUAAAGUUGGUGUUUUAAUACUG